AUGGUAUCGAAGCAUAUAGGGAUGGGUCACGCCACCACCCACACUCCAGGCUCUUCUUCAACAUCGUCUACUACCAGCUCGAUCAAACCGACAGGAUGGAUCAGGGCAGAUUCAGCACCCAGGCCUGUCCUUGGUGAUCGCACCAACCUUGCUUCCGGUUCAAAGAGCACUCCGCUGCGCUCAUCAUCCAAAUACUCAAUGCAGAGUGCUAGACGUAGCACACCGGCUACGAGCGGCAAAGAUACCAAACAGCAAAAGCUGUCGAGCUUCUUUGCUUCAAAUACAGCUCCUCCCGCAGCUCCUAAGCGAGUCGAAGAACCGAUAGAACGUGCUAGCCCGUUCCAGGAUUCUCCUUCGCUCGCACGUACUCGUUCAAGAAGUAGGGAUGUGCAUGCCAACGCGCGAUCUGCAGCGGCGUUGCAGGAUGACGAGCUCGAGGCUAGGGCUGCUUUGUUGAUCAGACGUCGUUUCGGCAACGUGACUCGCUCGCUCAAUUCAAGCAGAUCCAGCACGCCAACUCGUGCUCCUUGCCAACCGGGGCACAGUCAAGAUCCCGAGUCGCCACGAGCAGAAAGGCCUGCUGCCCUUAAUCGUUCAAUGCUGCUGCCGCCGCCGCAGCCGCCGCCAUUACGACAAGAAAGCCCGACCAAAUCUCGAGGCGGUCUGCAUCAGAACCCAGUCGCACCAAGCCCGAGCGAACCUCAAGCCGGGCCAAGUCAGAACCAUAUCACCUCGACGCGUCCGACCCGACUCGAUCUACCAGAUAUGCCCUCUUCUUCGCCGCCUUUUGAACCGACACUCAUGCAGCAAUCGCUUUCCGAUUUCACUCCACUUCCAUGGGAGAGGGCUCACAGCUCCAGAAUGAUGCUCUUCCAGCGUCUGGCGGGUAGGUCAAAGGACGAGAUUCUCAUAACGGAAAAGUCACGCAUGGCCGACGAGGUGGCUAAAGCCCAUGCUCGCAUGCAUCCCCGAUCGCCGACGGUCCCGCGCAAGAGAAUGGCGAUAGAACGGCAACCGGUGUCUUCGUCAAACAAGAAAAGAACGUUGAAGCAGCCGGUAGCACUGGAUGCUUCGCUGCCGAAUACUCCGGGUUUCAUAAGGCCAGAAGCUGUGCUCGAGUCGCCCAGGUCGAAUCGAAAGAUUUACGCGCUGGAGACACAGCUCAAUGGUGCUCCACUUGCAGGAAGGGCGGCGAGCGUGCAGCUGCAGCUGUUGAGUACAGGAAGCGCAGGUGGUAGAUCUCCAAUAGCGGCUGAACCACGACGCGCCGUGUCAGAGACAAGGUAUGAUGCUACCAUGUCAUCCGCUUCCCGUCAAAACCAAUUUUCGAGUAGAGAAGGAGAGGUAGAGGCGGUUGUGGAGGAAGAAUCUGAAACCUUGCCGCUGCCUUGGUCAGUCGAAGACGAUACCAAACAUGUGGAAGCAGAAGAAGCAGGUGAUGAAGACGACGAGACUCAACCACUGCCGUGGGAGUACGAUGAGGAUGAGCAACCAGACCUAUGCGUUCCACACCAUUUUCAGCAACAACAGCCAGAGUCGCCUGCAGAAGUACCACCGUCAGACGACGAGGAUCUGUUGCUGCAACCGUUCGCCACAUCGUCGUCGUCUCUGACCUCUCCAUCACGCGUGGAUGCGAAUUUGCCGAGCUCUAAAGAACAACGAGUCAAGCACGAAAAACAAGUCCCCACGUCCGCGUCAUCUGCGCUAUUGCGGCAUUCGUGCGGAUCCAUGAUGGAAGCAUCUCAGCAGCAACGAUCGUUGCCCAAGGUGAGCCCGAUCACGCUCACUCAAGCGUCUGGCGGCAUGGACGACCGAUUCGACCGCGUCGUAGCAGCACUGAAACACGAGGAAAGACGACAGAACAAAGGGAUGCAGCUCUCCCUAAACUCGUUCCUGACGCCGUCCUCGAACGCUCGUCGUAAAAUGGAUAGCCAAGACGAGAGGAGUAGAUACGGUCUUAGUGAGGACCUGCAAGACGUGCUUUCAGAUGAUGACGAUGAUGCUGGCGAAGGCGAUACGACGCUCCUCAACGAGCUCGAUCAGUCAGCAACAGAAGUGGAGGUGGUCGAUGGAGAGACGGAUGCGACCCAGCCGCUUGGAUGGCCUUGCAGUCCAGCUCGAUCUGAUCGUCCUACGAUAGCGCCCUUGCAAGCAUCGUGGAUGCAUGCAACCCAACGCUCAGUCGGCUCAUCACCCCGAACCGGCAGCAGCCAAACUAGCGGCGUAGUCAGUCUUCCGAGCGAAAGCAAUUUGCACGACGCAGGCAACACACAGCUGCGGUCGUUCUUCCAUGAUUUGUAG